AUGGGGUGUAAAAAAGGUGGAAAAAUGGACGAAUUUACUUAUACCUGUGUUCAUGAUCACAACAUUAGAGUUGGCUUCAACCAUCUUACUGAACUUAAAGAUCAUUACCAGGAAGUGCAUAGGGAUUUAAAAGUAAAGUGCAAACAUUGUCCCCAUCUUUUUGGAAAUAAAUACUUGAGGGAUCAGCACAAUAUUCAUGUGCAUGAAAAGAAGAAUUACCAGUGCUACAACUGCCCCAGGUCAUUUGAGUGUCCAUCUGAUCUUGACCGUCACAACCAUUCAACGCAUAAGCGCUUGAAGUACAAGUGCAAAGACUCUGAUAACGUAUUCAAGACAGAAAGAGGCCAGGCAAAACAUUAA